GCUCACAUGACCAGGAAGUCAUUACCUUCUACAGUGAAUGUUAUGAUCAUUCAUCAGAGUAAGCAGAUCAAAACAGAGUAAUCUGAAGUUUGGAAGAAUCCUGUUUAUAGAAGAAGCAGGUCAUGGAGAACUGGACAGAUGACGUUAAUAAUGGUACUGCUGGUAACAAUACUCACCUUGCCCUUGGAUUUGCAUCGUCUGUGGUAUCAGUGGUGUUAUUUGGUUCCAACUUUGUUCCAGUGAAGAAGUUUGAUACUGGAGAUGGCAUGUUCUUCCAGUGGAUUCUGUGUGGAUCAAUAUGGAUUGUUUCCUUAGUGGUAAACAUCAUUCUUCAUUCCCCUCGAUUUUGGCCACUGGCUAUGGUAGGAGGAUGUGUGUGGGCUACAGGUAAUAUAACAGUUGUCCCAAUUGUUAAAACUAUUGGUCUUGGGCUUGGGCUUCUGCUUUGGGCCUCCACCAACCUGCUAACUGGCUGGGCAAGUUCUAGGUUUGGCUUCUUUGGAAUAGACCCUGAAGUUGUGGCAAAGCCAAAUUUAAAUUACGCUGGAGCUGCGCUAUCUGCUUUAAGUGCAAUUAUUUUUCUGUUUGUGAAAACGGAAGUAAAGAGUGCUGUAUUGGUGACGGAAUCAGAAUCGACCCCUUUGCUGAGAACUACUAUAAAUUGGGCAGAGAACACAAAUACAGAUGAGUCAUGGGUAGACAAGUUAUCACCUUUUCAAAAACGCAUAAUAGGCUCAUUGAUGGCAGUUGUAGCUGGGAUUCUUUACGGCUCCAGUUUUGUUCCAGUUCUUUAUAUAAAGGACCACAGCAAAAACAAUGAAAGUAUGUACGCGGGAUCAAGUCAGUUUGAUCUGGACUAUGUCUUUGCACAUUUCAGUGGUAUUUUCCUGACUAGCACAGUAUAUUUUUUGAUCUAUUGUGCAGCAAUGAAAAAUCAUCCAAAAGUUUAUCCACAGGCAAUAUUACCAGGUUUCAUCUCUGGCUUUUUGUGGGCUAUCGCCACGUGUUGCUGGUUCCUCGCUAAUAAUUACCUCAGUGCUGUGGUCAGCUUUCCAAUAAUCACUGCGGGACCCGGAUUCAUAGCUGCAAUGUGGGGAGUUUUAGUGUUUAAAGAAAUAAAGGGUCUUUGGAAUUACCUGCUGUUGACCUUGGCAUUCUGCAUUAUUUUAUCUGGUUCACUGCUGACAGCUUUUUCAAAGAUAUGAUGGACAUUUCUAGGUACUGACCAUCAGAUGGCGCUGUUGUUACUUUUUUAAUAUAUGUUAUUUUUACAAAUAACAUACAAGGUAGAUCUCCAUUGUUUGGAGAAUUUAGAACAAGAUUAACUUUAUGUUUCUUUGGAAAUUACAUGAAGGAAAAGGGAAAAAAAUAAAGUACACACGAUGUAGCAUUUAAUGUUUUAGGUAAAAGAGUGUCGCAAUCAGGAUUUUCUUAUUAAAAUACAUUUAUAAACUAUUCUCUAAUUAUUUGCAAAAAUAACACAUCUUUAGGUUUAAGCUAUAAAUAACUGAUUUAAUGUUAAUAGAAUUUAAACAUAAAGAUAACAAUUUCAGAUUCAUUGUAUUACGAUGCAUUACAGUAUCACAUUUAACUGUUACUUAAUCAACAUUUUGUAAAAAAUGUUUGUAGGUUUGCACAAUACAUAUGCAUAAAAUGUUUAAUACAAUUAACAUAGUUUGUGUGUAUGUAUAUUUUUACAGUCACCUUUCAAAAGGAAAUAUUUAUCACUUCUACAAUCGAGUAGCAUUUGUUAGAUAAUAUGUAUUUUAACAUAUAUCUAAUCAUCUUUAAUAAUCUAUUUCCAGAUAUAUUACUGUAAAAUAUAUUUUUUAAUAUAUUUUGGUCACAUAAAAGUGGUAUGUUUUAUACAUAUGUACAAAACAAAACAUAGGGCCAGCCCUAGGGUUUCUGCCUAGGAAAACAAUGUCUCCAGCACCCCUCUUGCAUACGCUUUUCUGCUACCUUAGGAGGGGCCACAUGGUGGUACCCUUUAGAUGCUCGGUGCUUUAGUCGGCUGCUUGGUUUGCCUAUAUGUUAGAGCCUCUCCUGGAUCUGAAUUACACAAGUGAGUUUUAUAGUUGCACCGAACAUAUUUACAUUUUUGUAGAGAGUCUCUUUUUGUUUCUGGUGUUGUCUGGAAUGCAAGUCUAGAUGAUUCAACCACGGGUAUCUUUUGGUUGAACAGUGCUGGAAAGCCAAGGGUAUACUUUUCUUGAUUAAAUAAAAAGGCUAUUGAAAUAUUAUUUCCAAAGCUUAUUAAUUGUUUAAUUUCCAUUAACUGUCAUGUUUAUCAUUAUCAUCCGUAUUAAAGAUGUAGUUAUUAAGAUGUAUUAAAAUUGACUAAUGGAAUGAUGUUAAACUUAAGCUUUUGUGAAGUAAAAAAAAAUUAAAGAAUUAAUAAAGAGAA